AUGGAUUCCAAUGCACAACAACGAUCCUCUCGUUGGCCACGGAUUAGACCAAAAAGAGAACCAGCUACGGUUGUUAACUUGCCACCAAUAAUGGUACCCAGCACUGAUAUUGUAACACCUAUAUGUGCCAAUUCUGAAUCUGAACUAAAUCCAUCCAAACAGAUGCAAUGUGAUCUACACCAGGAAGAACUGUGCCAAUUACAUGCCAACAUCAGCACAAAUGAACCUUUUCAGAAAGAUGCAAAUAACAAAAGCUCAUUAGCAGUGACUGAACCAACGCCGUAUCUGUCAAGUCAAAAAAAUACUACGCACGACUUUGAGCGGAGCGAAUCAGGUGGAUCUAGUAUCAAUAGUGGCAACGAUACAAUGCUGGCUGCGCUAUCCACAUCCAAAAGUUCGACAGUAACUCUUAUAGGCACAGUCGCAAUAAGAAACGAUCGUAAAAGCAAUGCUGGGCUUGAUUCAAAUUCAGAUGGGGUUUCUUUUGUGUCCACUUCAAAAUCAGCUAUUGGUAAACACAAGAGCAUGCCUCGUCGUGCUUUGUUAUUGAGUAGUUGCCGAGAAACCGAAAUGUCGGGCAACUUAAAUCUUCACGCUCCAAAGCCACAAUACACUUGUGCUUUAAACACCAAUGAUUCCAAUGCUAGUAGUAGGCAACGCAGUAUCAGUGUUUGUUCUGACGAGGCAACGAGUGGAGUUAACAUAGCGACCGAGUCUACAAAUAGUCCUAAAACAACCUGUGAUUUUUGGAAAAGCAUGGACUCGAUCUCAUCAACUAUAUCCUCAACACAAACAUCAUCCACUACUGCUUUUGAAGCUGACACAGUCGAAAUACUUGCGACAAUGUUUGAAGAGGUAACCAUUUCCAGCACUUGUUCUUGUACAAGUGACAAUAUCCCGAAAAACAACGAUAUUGCAGAGCAAGCCUAUUCAGCAGUACCGUUUACUGCUGAAGAUGCAACCAAUGACGAUGCUGAUGCAAUGCAUAGUUUGAGUCCAUCACAUUCAGAGCCUGGUAUUGGUCAAGAUCGUAGUGUAUAUGUGAAUCUUGAUAAUUCCGAGUCAUUCAAUGAUACGCCUGCCAAUACCAGUGACGUGAUUGAUACCGCUACUGAACAAAGCUCUGCAGUGCAAAUUCCAACUCUGAUUGAUCAUCAAGCAGGAUUGAGCACUGUUUCUCGUGGUCAGCCUGAAGCGUGUCUAUUUGUAGCAAGUCUUUCUGCUGCGAAAUCGGAUGCUGAGCUUCAAGAGAGUGUUACAAACCAUUUUCAAACGUGGGGUGAGCUGCUGAAUGUGCGUGUACUCAAGGAUUGGAUGGGCAGACCCUAUGCAUUUGUUCAGUUCAAGUCUGUAGCGGAUGCUCAAAAUGCAUUGGUCAAAGGCCAUAAUACAAUUGUCGAUAACAGACACAUUCGAAUUGAACAAGCCAAAGUCAAUCGCACACUUGUUGUAUCUAGUACCGACUCGACAUCAUCAGAUAUUUAUUCUAUCAUGGAAAAGUAUGGCCCAAUCGAGAGCUUCACUUUGCCAGAUGCUUUAAAGGCACCCAGUAUUUGCAAAGACGACACCUGCUGUAUCGGAGAAGCAGUUGUCAAGUACAGGUAUCGAGAGGAUGCCAUGGAAGCUUUUGCAGAAUUGCGAGCAGCCGGCACGCUCUCUGUCGACUGGACAUCUAGCGUAGAUAAGCCCUUUCGUGAUAUCGAUCAGUUUAGCAUAUUUGUUGGGAAUCUUAAUGCUGUAAUGGUCACCGAACAACUGUUGCAAGAAAAGUUUGGUCAAUAUGGCGAAAUUGUCGAAAUGAACUUCAUUAAACGCAACCAAGGCAAUCCAAACAAUCGACCUGCUUUUGCAUUACUUAGGUUCCGAACCGAUGCAUCUGCCCAACGGGCAAUCAGGAGCGAAAAUGGUCAAACAUGGUGGAAUCAGUCAAUGCGAGUGCAGUUGCGUGAGAUUCACUCUGAAAUAUCUCAAGCUUCGACUCCAGUCACUCCGCCUAUAUCUGGGAAUCCAGCUUUUUCCAACGAGUCAUUGCCAAUGCAGUCGCAAUGGAGACCCCAUCCAUCAUUUGCAUUUCGAAACUCCUAUAACCGGCAUUCACGUCACCACUCAUUACCCAUUACUGGAUCUAGCGGAGAGGGUCAGUAUUUUCAAAACAAUAUGAUGCCUAAAGCACACAUGGGUAUGCCGCCGUACCAGUAUGGAUAUGCUCCCUAUCCAUACACUUGGAUACCGCCACAUGGUCAUAUGGCUGACCAGAGCGGAUAUGCAAUAAAUGGCUACCCUAUGGUUGGACAGUUUGGAGCAGGUGCAUCAGGGCCGAUGAUGGUUAUGAUGUCAGAUAGGGAUUCAAAUGGCAUAGAGGGUGGAGGGUUAGCAAAGAAUCCCGGCAUUGUCUUAGGUGGAGCGGCAGAGGAAGCGCCUCAGCCUGAAGCGGAUUCAGGAUAUGAUUUUUAUAUGGGACAAGCGCCAAUACAGCAGCAGGGAGGACAGCCCUUGAUGAUGUUGCCAUUGAAUCCGCUUCAUCAGGAUCCUCAAAUACAGCAGCAAUCUGUAAAAUAUGGUUGGUCGCCACAGCCCAUGUGGUAUAUGCCGUCCCAAUACAUACAACAAUCAUAUGCAUACCCAUUCGCACAGAUGCGGUCGCAUCCAGCAUCGUGUAGCGGUUAUCCGCAGCACCAACUGCCACUUCAACCUGCUCAGUGGAAGGAAAUGCCAAAAAAUGAAUUUGAUGCUGGACAAUCAAGUCCCAACAACUCGGGAACAGCGGAUGCUGAUUUGGCAUUUGCAACCAACUCCAGCUACAAUGUUCAGUAA